AACACACAUACACAGCAGCCAGCACAGGAAGAACUCAACACUAUCAGAGCAGAUACAGAGAAAAGAAAAUGGUUAAAUAAGGCGGUUAAAUGACAGCGAAAUGUGAUAAAUGAAAGUGUAGCUGAGAGAGAGUGAGAGAGAGAGAGGAAGGACCCAUACUACAACAAGUCACACUGGGCUGUGGCAGUUUCUGGACUGACAAACCCCUGACACAUCAGUAGAGGCCGAUGAUUAUGUUGUUGAAGAGAAGGAGGGAGGGACCUCGUACUGUCUGAGCUUUGAGAGAACAAGUGAGAGAAAAAGAGAAAAGACAGGUGGGGUGAAAAAAAAACGGGGGGGGGACUCUCAUCUUAGAAUUUCUCUAUUUUUCCUCUAGUCUCAGAUGGAUUAUCUUCUUCAGUGAUGCAGAUAGAAUAUCUCGUGAGGCAGAGCAUACAGUUCUACUAUGUGGAGGAAUCACCACCGGACACAAAAUGGCGUCAAUCUCUCUGUCGCUUUUCAUCACAAUAUGGAUGGCUGUCCAGGUCAAGUGCGCUGGGGCAAGGGGGACCACACGUGGGCGACCAUGUUGGGCCAGAGUGUGCGUCUGCAACCGGUGCCCAUACAGAGCCUGUCAGAGCUGGAGAGAGCCCGUCUUCAGGAGGUGGCUUGCUAUCACCUGAUGGAGAGGGACCUCAAUGUCAACAUCAGCAUCCCCACAGAAAUCCGCAAACGGAGGAAAUCGCUCCGAAGGAAGUUCGACUCCUUUUCCAAGGAGAAGAAAGAAAAAGAGCGAGAAACGGCCGCCAAGGCGUUUGGCAUCCCUCUUUCCCAGGCUAUAGCCAACGAUCGUGCGUUCAAGCAGCGUCAGGAUGCUCUAAAGGAAAGCAGGAGAGACUGCCUGGAUCUAGAGGCCAGUGUCCUGAGGUUCAGGGCUGAGAAACAGCAGCAGUCCAAUGGAAACAAACCUCUCUGCAUCUCCCCUUCAUCACCCUUCAGUGAAACUACAUCAUCAUCAUCAUCUUCAUCGUCAGCAUUGGAGCUCCUCAGCAAGCCACUCUCGCCCAGGUUCCUAGAUAACACUGCUCGAGUGCAGCGACGGGGUGGCCUAUCGGUGGACUCCAUUUCGGAUCUGGUAGAGAGUCAGUCCCGCCUGUUGGAGGCGCUGCAGCUGUCGCACCCCGCGGAGCUGGAGCUGAAGAAGAACGCGGCCGGAGGCACGGGGCGAACCCAGACUAAGCUGAGCCUCAACCCCAUCUACAGACAGGUCCCCCGUGUCGUAGAGCGCUGCUGCUCCCACAUAGAGAAAUAUGGGUUACAAACUGUGGGAAUCUUUCGUGUUGGGAGCUCCAAAAAGAGAGUUCGACAACUGCGUGAGGACUUUGACAUGGGCGCAGAUGUCUGUUUGGAUGAGGAGCACAGUGUCCACGACGUAGCCGCUCUUCUGAAGGAGUUCCUCAGGGACAUGCCCGACCCGUUGCUGCCGAGAGAGCUCUACGCUGCCUUCCUGCACGCCAACCUUCUGAGAGGGAUGGAUCAGUUCCUGUAUCUCCAGCAGCUCCUCUACCUGUUACCCCCCUGCAACUGUGACACCCUGCUCCGUCUCCUCAGUCUGCUACACACCGUCCAGAGCCACGCGCAAGACACCACCGGCCCCCGGGACCAGGAGCGUUUGUCCCUCCUCAACACGCCAGUUUCCUCCUCUCUCGCUCUCAAGAGGGGGGAACAAAAUGGAUUUUGGCUUCCCGGCAACAAGAUGACCGCGACCAACCUGGCUGUGAUCUUCGGUCCCAACCUGCUCCAAGGGGAGAGGGGCGGAGGCGACCGAGAAAUGAGCCCCCAUGCCAUGGGCAUCGAGGACAGCGCGGCCAUCAUCAACGUCACUCUCCACCUCAUACAGAACUACAAGCGCCUGUUCACAGUGUCAGCAGAGCUCCAGCAGGAGGUGCUGAUGAGUCUCAUCCAGACUGAUCCUGACAUCAUCGACUAUCUCCUCCGUAGGAAACUCAGUAGCAGCAGCCACCUGACGAUGGAGACGGUGGACGCUACGGGGGGUCGUCGGGACACGGGGGCGUCUCUUGACUCUGUUGGGGCGUCUAGUGGUAGCCUGUCCCCCCUUGAGCCCCCGUCGCCCCUCUUUAACCGAGAUGGACCUGGAGACGGAAGCCUAAGCAGCGAAGUGUUUCUCAACUUGGAUAUCCUCCAUCGCCACCAGAAUAACAAGAAACGUUCCAGCGAGGCGUUGUCCAAAUCGAUCAACCAGAUGAGACAGUUCCACUCCCACCACAACCUCCUGAGUUUGGGCCAGCCUUCCAGCAGCUCCAGAGUCCACCCAGAAGACAGCCACCACCUCAGCCAGGAAAGGAGGGCACCGUUGGGGGAAAGUCUGAGCUUCGCCCUUGGAGCUGCCUCUUGCUCCAGCCUUGGAGCACAGGGAGAUAACAGUGUCUGGGUUAGACAGACGCCCCAGGAGGAGAGAGCAAAACCCUCUCCAAGUCAUACCAGUCAAUUUUGGGACUUCUUCACGGGAAAGGGCUCAGGCUCGGAGACCAUGGUAUGAUAUGAUCGGUCGGUGGAGGGGUGGGAUGGAGGGGUCAGCGCUGGGGUGUAUAAGGACUAAACCAACUCAGAGUAGACAGGGGUCUGAAGUAUUCAUACGGGUGCAAACAUACGUUAUCAACAGAUUGUUUACUGCACUUGAAUACCUUGGUAACUGUACAGACAAGGGUUAGGCACUUCAAUAUGUUGGUAACUGUACAGACAAGGGUUAGGCAUUUCAAUAUGUUGGUAACUGUACAGACAAGGGUUAGGCAUUUCAAUAUGUUGGUAACUGUACAGACAAGGGUUAGGCAUUUCAAUAUGUUGGUAACUGUACAGACAAGGGUUAGGCAUUUCAAUAUGUUGGUAACUGUACAGACAAGGGUUUGGCAAAGGGUGGGCCCAUAGGCAAAUUAUGCUGCCCCAAAAAAACAAUAUAUAUUUUUGUUAACGUACAUAUCUUUUUGUAAUUUUUGGAUUAAAAAAGUAUAAGUUAAUUAAAUAAUAACAGGAAAUUUGUUCCCAAGUUUUCUCACAAAUAUAACAAGACAAUUGUCUCAGUAUGAACAAAAACAGAACAAGUCAUUAGAUCAACAGCCUUGUUUAUGUCUUGCUGUAGUGUCUGAUCAAUGUGAUCCUGUCCAUGUCAAGGUUUGUCUCAUCUACACACUUAAUUCAAAAGUCCAUCUUAUCAGGACAUUGUAUGUGCAUUGAAUAGCCAUAAUUGAAUAGGCAACAAAACAGCUGGUCCCUUCCUUUUUGUUAUUUGACAUGCACUUUGAAAAUAUUGUGACGGUAUUUAUUUAAAAAAAACUUUUCAUAUACAAUUGGUUUUUGAAACAAAUAUUCAAUUAGUUUUACCGUCCAAAACUGUUGGUUGAUAUUCACACAAAAUACAUGCCUGACUGCCUCCCAAGAUUGUCAAGGUCCAAAUUCACAUCAGCUCCCUUAUCCUUAGAUGUGAUCUCGGAUCUGUCCAUAGUCUUAAUCAGUAGGAGGUAAAAGGACAAACUGAGCAUAGAUCUGUACCAAAGCCUUGCAUGAGUCAGUUUUCCAGAGUGGCGUCCAGACCAUAUUCCUGGAACCACCCAACGGUCUUCCCCGAAACCUGACCCAUCCACAUAGUUUUAGUUCCCAACCGUUACCUGCAAAUCAAAACCAGUUUAUUCAAGCCUACAGACAUAAUAUUCACAAGUUCAUACGCUUCUGAAAGAAAUCCACUCAAGGCCCAGUUUAUUUUUCACAGUUUAACCUUACAAUAACAGAUUGAUCAAGCCAAGUAUAAACAGAUCUGGAAAAAGUAUACAUUUUAAAGUCAGGUACAAAAAGAGACCCAGAGUCACUGAGUGGAUACAGGCACAAUCACAACCAGAUCCCAGUAUAAUGUAAUGAUCUGCACCUAUCAAAAACUGUGGGCACAGUCAAAAUGUUUACAAGAUCAGGACAGAGGAUGAAUGUUAUCGCAAGGUAUGGACAGGGUUGAUGAAAACACUGUAAAUACCAAAAAUACUAGUAUAAAGUAUCUCUUAUCAUAGCAAUUUUUUUCCCAAGCGUGUGUAUUACAUUUAAAAAAUAUAUAUGUUUUUGCCAUAAGUGUGCAUUUUCUUUCAGCAAGUGGGGGUGCUGGCAGAAGAAUGGAAAAGUGUGUAUUCCUUCAGCAUGUGUUUGCUUCAUUUAAAUGAGAAAUUCUGACUUGUUGUUCCACAAGGUGGCACACUUUACCAUAACUUUGUAUAUACACCGUCAUUCUUGUUGCUGUUGACAGGAAUAUAUCACAUAUCACAGGACUAUUUCAAUUAACUACCAGGGACCGUCUGGGUGAAGAGAGCAGAGCCCAUAUUUUCAUGAACUAAAGGAGCUAACUACUUAAAGGACUACCUAAAGAUUAUAUUGGGCUGAGGAGAAGGAAUGUUCUGAAUAAGCCUAUAUAGUAAACAUACAUGCAGUAUUUUCUUGUAUAUAAAAGUAUUUAUGUGUGCAAUUUCUGAACAUCCAGUGUUUUAUUCUGGACCUCAUUUCUGUCUAAUGAGGCGCUUGCUAUACUUUAAACAAUAAGGUUCUCUCUAUUCGAGUCUUGUACAUUAUAAUCUUUUCGGAAAACACUUUUCUAUAUUUUCUAAAGAGGAGAUCCCCUCAAGGUGUAGCUAACUUUGAAGUUUGUCGAACUUUCUAACAGUUGACUUUGUAUGUCUGAAUUAUGUACCUAAAAAAUUAAACGUACAACUGUU